AUGAGACCGAAGACAAAAUGGGGGAAGAAGGUUCCGGAAGGGAAGGGAGGGGAAGGGGAAGGGGAGGGGGAAGGGGAAGGGAAGCGCGAAGUGGAAUGGGAGGGGGAACGGGAACGGGAGGGGGAAGGGGAAUGGGAGAGGGAAGGGGAAAGGGAGAGGGAAGGGGAAGGGGAGAGGAAAGGGGAAGGGGAGAGGGAAGGGGAGAGGGAAGGGGAAGGGGAGAGGGAAGGGAGGGAAGGGGAAGGGGAGAGGGAAGGGGAAGUGGAGAGGGAAGGGGAAGGGGAGAGGGAAGGGGAAGGGGAAGGGGAGAGGGAAGGGGAAUGGGAGAUGAAAGGGGAAGUGGAGAAGGAAGGGGGAGGGGAAAGGGAAGAGGAAGGGGAGAGGGAAGGGGAAGUGGAGAGGGAAGGGGAAGGGGAGAGGGGAGGGGAAGGGGAGGGGGAAGGGGAAGGGGAGGGGGAAGGGAAAGUGGAGCGGGAAGGGGAAGGGGAGAGGGAAGGGGAAGUGGAGAGGGAAGGGGAAGUGGAGAGGGAAGGGGAAGGGGAGAGGGAAGGGGAAGGGGAGAGGGAAGGGGAAGGGGAGAGGGGAGGGGAAGGGGAGAGGGAAGGGGAAUGGGAGAGGGAAGGGGAAUGGGAGAGGGGAGGGGAAGGGGAGAGGGAAGGGGAAUGGGAGAGGGAAGGGGAAUGGGAGAGGGGAGGGGAAGGGGAGAGGGAAGGGGAAUGGGAGAGGGGAGGGGAAGGGGACGAGGGAAGCGAUCGUUGGCACUACUGA